AUGGUGCUGCCUCUCGGGGGCUCCGCGGCUCGCUCGGCCGGCGGCAGAGGGCGCGGCCGGGGGCCCCGGCGGCUCGCUGGCUCGCUGGCUGGCUCGCUCGCACGGAGGACGGCCACUCGGGCUCCGACGGACUCCGACGGGCCCCCGCUCCCUGGGCCCCGGAGCGGGCGCGGGCGCGGGCGCGGGCCCCGGGCUCCGCGCUCGGCCUCGUCAGCCGCGGCGGCGGCGGCGGCUCCGCUGCGGCUCCAAACCCAACAUGGCGGCGGCGGCGGCGGCGGCCGGGGGACAUGGCCGGCGGCGGCGGCGGCGGCGGCGGCGGCGGCAGCGGCUGAGGGGGGCGCUAGGCCACGGCGAGGCGAGGCCGCUCGGAGCACACCCGCCCGCCGAGGGAGGAGGGAGCGAGCGGCCGAGCGGGCGGGGGCGAGCCCGGGCCGCGGGUCACGUGCCCACAACACGCUCACGUGA